AUGGCAGCAUUAAACGCUUGCUAUCCUUCAAGUGCUCGGAUAUCAUCCGUUUCGCUAAAAAGUAAGGUCCUUCAGACUCCCUGUUUUAUUUUCCCUACUUCCAAAGGAACAAUUCCUCAUUUAACACCUGACAACAUUAAUGACAAUGAACUCCCAGUUGUCUAUUUCGGAUUAGAAGAUUCACUGGAUUUAUUAGAAAAGUCUCCUAUCUUCACUGCGGAGGGUGAGAUCGACAAGUGGGUAGCUGGAACUUCCUCUCAAUCUAUCUUAGUAGCUCCAAGAAGAAGUACUCCACUUCCGUCUGUAUCUGCUGGAUCUCACCAUAUUCAAAUUCUUACCUCAAGUGGAUUGAAAAAAUUGACGAACGAAGUCUACGUGAAGGCAAUCAUCAAACUUCGUCCUGAAAUAGCAAUCCCCUUGAAUGACAACCCAUCAAAUGCUCCUGGUGUAAAGAGGAAACCUAAGAUGACAGAAAAGUCAAUUACCUGGACUGACGAGUUGCUCUCUGGUUUACAAAACAAUCAGCUUACAGAGAAAGUAAAGGUUUUCUUUCCCGUUCCAAACGUUGAAGCUCCUUAUUUAGAUCCUUUAAUAGAACGAUUUCGGGAAAAUGAUUACAAGCAACAUAUUUCUGGGUUAGCAUGUUAUGGGAAUUUGCAUUCUAUACCUUCCGAGCUGUCCGUUUAUCCAAAAAUUUUUCUUCGUCCUUUACUAACUCCUUUGGCAAUAUUACAAAGUAUUCAUCAGGGUGCUGAUAUCGUAAUGGCAGAUUUAGUUAAUCAAGCUUCCGAUUCUGGCAUAGCUUUUACAUUUGCCUUUCCUCCCCCUGUAGAGGACCUACAGAAUAUAAAGCUAGAGCUAGCUUGGGAUAUGUGGAAUAGCAUUUUUGCUGCGGACCUUUCUCCCUUACAACCUGGAUGUAGCUGCAAUACAUGCCAGUCAUAUAGCCGGGCUUAUAUUCACCAUUUGCUUCAAACACGAGAACUUGUUGGUUGGAUUAUGAUACAACAACAUAACAUUCAUGUAUUCCAUAACUUUUUCUCCGGAAUUAGAGAUUCUAUCAAGGCUGGAAAUUUCUUACAUGAUACUGAGAUAUUUAAGAAAAUUUAUUCUUCCAACUUCCCUCGCGCUACUGGUCUGGGACCACGAAAGCGAGGCUACCAAAUGGAUUUAACUGAUGUUCAGCCUGUUGAAAACAAACCCAACUGGGUCCAAUUGAAACCGGAGACCAAUAAUACCGAAUUCUCCCAUACGACUCAGAAAAAGGAAAAGGUUCAAGAAUUUCAAGAGUCUGAGUUACCUGAAAGGGAUACUACCGUUGGUAAUUUUGCUGACACUUACGCGGCUAUAAGCGAUGACCAAAGUGGAUCUGAAUUAGAAGAAAAUUUGUUCGCUGAACUUGAUGACAUUGAUGACAGUACUUAUCGAGAAAGCCGAAUGCAAUCAUUAAAAGAAGAAUUUCAAAGAGUCUCUACUGCUAAAGAGAAAGGUCAUAUGCAAUAUUUAACAGUUGAAAAUGAAAGAGAAGUGAUGGAUAUAACAACAUCCUCAAAACGUGUGGUCAUCCACUUUUUCCAUCCUGAUUUCAGACGCUGCAAAAUAAUGGAUGCGCACCUUGAGAAAAUAUCCAAAAGUCAUUGGGAAACAAAGUUUGUACGUAUUGAAGCGGCUAAUGCUCCAUUUCUUGCUUUGAAAUUAGGCUUAAAAGUAUUACCGGUAAUACUUUGUUAUGUUGAUGCAAAACUCGUUAGUAAACUCACUGGAUUCACUGACUUGGGAAAUAAUGACGAUUUUGAUACUCCCGUUUUGGAGUUUUGGUUGUUAAAAUGGGCUGCGAUUGAAAAGUUAAAGGAAAAUAACUCUUUAGGGAAAAAGUCGAUUAUGGGUUUUAAGGAUACAAAAAAUGAAUCGGAAGACAGUGAUUUUGAGUAA